AUGGGAAAUCAACUAACAACAACAGUUCCUUCCCAAAUUUGGCCUGUUGAACAAUAUUUAAAUGAUUUAUCUGAUUUUGAUUUUGUUGAAAAUCUUGGAAGUACCAGGUUCUUCAAAGUAGCAAAAUCGAGAAGUAAAGAGGGCUUGGUUGUGAUAAAAGUAUUUGUACUGCCAGAUCCUGCUAUUCUCUUAGAAUCUUACAAAGAGCAAGUUUGGAAUAUUCAAAGCUGUCUUAGUUUAUCAUUUAAUUGUUUACCUUAUCAACGAAUAUUUCAAUCAGAUAAAGCCAUUAUGCUUUUCAGACAGUACAUUCAGUAUAGUCUCUAUGAUCGCUUAAGCACACAUCCAUUUUUAUGUUCGAUUGAAAAAAAGUGGAUUGCUUUUUUACUUCUUACGGCAAUUAAUCAAUGUCAUAAACUUAAUAUUUAUCAUGGUGACAUAAAAUCUGAAAACGUUAUGAUUACUAGCUGGAAUUGGGUUUCGUUAACGGAUUUUGCUAGUUAUAAGCCGGUUUAUUUGCCUGACAAUAAUCCAACAGAAUUUUCUUUUUAUUUUGAUACUUCUCGUAGAAGAACAUGUUACAUUGCACCGGAAAGGUUUGACGAUGAUGGACCAUCUGAUGAAAUGCUCACUGACCCUGUUGAAACAACUCUUGAAAGCACUAAAACAGAUGAACUUUUGCCCUCAAUGGAUAUUUUUUCAACUGGUUGCGUGCUGAUUGAACUUUUUAGUGAUGGUGCCAAGCCAUUUGAUUUAAGUCAGUUAUUAUCAUAUCGAUCAGGUGAUUACUAUCCAAGAGAAUCUAUAGAUUUGAUUGAUGAUGCUGAAAUAAAAAAGCUAGUUGAACAUAUGAUUCAGAAAGAUCCAUCGCUUAGACUCAGUGCAGAUGAAUAUUUAAAAAUGUUCAAAAGAAAAAUAUUUCCAGAUUGUUUCUAUACUUUUUUACAACCUUACUGUCAAAGAUUUGCAUGCUAUCCAUUGCUGUAUGCUGAUGAGAGAAUUCUUCGUUUGCACAGAGAUAUUGACUUGAUAAAGCAAAAACUAGUAGUUGAGACAGACAAAAAUUCAGACUUGAACAUCAUUUCAGAUUCAAACAUAAUUGAAAACCUGUUGAUAAUAUUAUCAGUCGUAACGUCAAGUAUUCAAAAACUUGUUUUAAGUAAUUCUAAAUUAAUUGCCUUGAAUUUAUUGAAAUUGUUUUCUAACCAUCUGCCAUCAGAAAUCAUUUUAGACAGAAUUUUACCAUAUGUUUUAUUUUUUGUACAUGAUAAUUUUUUUUUAGUCAAGUGCGAAACCAUCCGUACUCUAGUUCAUUGUCUUUCAAAAGUACGCUUUGUCCCCCCUGAUAACAUCAGUAUAUUCACAGAUUAUAUAUUUCUUUCAACCAAUUAUCUGUUGACUGAUAAAGAAUCAGCGGUCAGAAUUGAAUUUGCAAAAAAUAUAGCCUGCAUAGCAGAGCUGGCUGUUAGAUUUCUUGAGUUAAUUCAGUUGCACAGUAAUAAGAAAACAUCAGUUAAUCAGCAGAAGCAUAAAUUAACGUCAGAGUUGCACGACUUUUCUGCUCAAAAAGUUUCUUCAUAUGAUUCGGAGUUAACAACACUGCACGAUGUUAUACAACAAAAUGUAGUGUCAUUACUAGGGGAUAAAGAAAAUAACGUAAAAAAAGCUUUGCUGGAAAACGGAAUAAUUAAGCUAUGUAUUUUUUUUGGUAGGAAGAGAGCUAAUGAUGUUUUGUUUUCCCAUAUGAUAACAUUUUUGAACGAUAAACAAGAUUGGCAAUUAAGGGAGCUUUUUUUUGAUAAUAUGGUUGGCGUGGCUGCAUAUUUAGGCUGGCAGUGUUCUAGCAUUUUAAAACCUUUGAUCCAACAAGGUAUAUCAGAUCCUGAAGAGUUUGUUGUCAUAAAGACCAUUUCCAGUUUUUGUUGUUUAAUUAAAUUAAAUUUAAUGCCAAAGAAAGUGUUGAUAGAUUUAUUUCACGAAACAAUUUGCUUAGUCCUUCAUCCAAAUAUUUGGAUUCAAAGAAAAGUAAUAGGCUUGAUUGGAGUAGUUGCCGAAAAAAUGGAAUUGUCUGAUGUCUACAGUUACGUGAUACCUUUGGUCUCCAAAUAUUUUACAAAUUACUUUUACCAGAGCGACGAAUUGGUGUUAAUAGAAUCAGUGAAUGCACCAUUAUCUAGACCACUUUAUCAGCAAUUAUUAAAAUGUCCAUACCCUUGGGAAAAAAUGGUCAAACGAGAUGGCAUGUCUACAGAAAAAUUUAAUGGUUAUGUAAAUUUGUUAACUCAUCCCGUAAGUUCAAAUAAAAGACAGGUGCCACAAUAUUCAUCAAGUGAACAAAGAUAUAAAGAAUUUUCAGAUAUGACCGAAGUGACUAAAACAAAACUUACUAGAGGAAACAGACAUGUUAAUUCUCGAAUGAAUGAAGAUUGGAAACAGAUGUUCAAUCCAGUAGAGACAUUUGAUGGGGGAUUGAACAAACCAUUAGAACCUAUAGAAGCAACAGAAAAGGGGGAACAGAACCAAUUUAUCCCAGCACAUCUAGAGCUUGAAAAUUUGAAAGCGCAUAAUUCAAAACAGAUAGUUGCCUGGUGUAAAAAUAACAUCGACGACAUACAGACUUACUAUAAAACGCAUUGUGAAUCAAAAAAAUAUUUUGUGGAUUCAAAUGAAGGGGCAUUGCUCGAUGAGAAAAAAAAAUAUUUGGAUUGGAAGCCACAAGGUUAUAUGGUAGCUCAUCUACAUGAACACAGAGGAGCCAUAAACAGAAUCCGUGUUUGUCAAAAAAAUCCUCUUUUGGCCUCUUGUUCCAAUGAUGGAUGCGUUAAGGUGUGGGACAGCAGUAGAUUAGAUGGCAAGAGUAUUACAAAUCGUUCCAAGCUGACUUACAGCAAAUUAUCCGGUCAAAUAAAAUCAAUUUGUUUUGCACAAAAUUCUUCAAAUAUUAUUGCAACAUCAGAUAAUGGAAUGAUGCACGUUUUCAAAAUAGAUUUAUCUAGUAGACCAAAUGCAAUCCUCACUAAAGAUCUUGACGCGAGUAAGAAUGGAUUGGUGGUUGACAUGAUGCCAACUGAUCAUCUGUCAGAAAAUGUAAUUGCACUUGCAACUGUGCAUGGGUUGAUGUUUGGUUGGGAUUUGAGGACACCACAAAAACACGUUUGGCAGGUACAGACUGAUCCAAAGUAUGGUCUAAUUACUAGUUUUGAUGUAAAUAAAAAAUCUAAUUGGAUAGUCUGUGGGACAAAUAGCGGAAAUCACAGCUGCUGGGAUUUGAGAUUUCUAUUGUCAGUAAACAAUAUCACACAUCCUAACCCCAGUGGAACCAGAGUGAAAAGGUUGAUUGUUGAUGAAAGCUCACCGUCUUUAAUCUUGAGCUCAUCUUAUGGCAACAACGAAUUAUUAUUUUGGGACGUAGAAACUGGCGCCAGACAAAAAGUUUUGUGGGCCAGUCCGAAGGCUAUUCUUACUUAUGAAAACCCGACAAAACAUUUCUUCAGUGGUAUAUACGCUACGUCAUCAUAUGUUAUAACAGCUGGGUCUGAUAUGCGAAUUAGAUAUUGGAAUUUAAACAGUCCUAGUGAAUCUUUUAUUGUAGCAGGAUCUUCGGGAGACUCUAAAGAUGUGAAUUCUUUAGUUUCUUAUAAUACAAGACUGGUUGAAGCAACCCAAGCAAUCUACGAAUCGUACCACAAACAGCCCCCCAGUUCAACAUUUGACGAAGAAAGUCAUAUUAAACCGUACGUUCCUGUAGGGCACAGAGAUGUAAUUACAGAUCUGACUGUCUGUAGCUCUACACAACAUUAUAUAAUAACUUCUUCUAGAGAUGGUAUUAUUAAAGUUUGGAAAUAACAGCAUAAGUAUUUGAAACUGAUUGCGACGUCUACGGUCGCCUAGUUACAUUUUUAAUUACCUGAUGUACAUUUCAUUUUUUGACUUUAGAAAACAAGAGUAGGUCUGUAAAAAAUUUAUUGUUCUAAAAAAGAUGUAAUCGUUUAUUUUGGCAUUUUAACUUUUAAUUUCAAACAGAAUGUUAAUCGUGACUUUACAUUAAGCCCCACUUAAAAAAGUGCGACUGACGUGCAUAAAUCGUCAAAAAUUGAUUUGUGCAUUUUUUUUUAAACAAUUCACAAUUGCACAAUAUUCGUCCAGUUUAAAAAUUCAUAAUUUAGUUUAAAUAAGUAUGAAACAAAAGCAAUUAGAGCACCACAAAAUAAUAAAACAAAAAUUUUAUUUUUCUUGUAAACUUUAUUUGAUUUAGAAGGUUGAGAUUCUUCAGCAGCGAUUUCGACUUUUUUUAAUGGUGGGCAUAAGUUCGAUUCCAGCUGAGUGUCCUCAUUUAUGCAUUCAUCAUAAAUAGUUCUGUGUUGAUGUUUCAACUUAAUCCGCUUUUUGAGAUUUAUUGAAUUUUCAUUCACCCCAUUAUUUGCUAUCUGAUUCAAGCUUUCUGAACUCAUUUUACUUUUGUUUUGAAAUGCACUCAAACCCGAACUUUGUUGUGCAACUUCACGAUUGAGUUCAUUUUGGUUUCUCAUGCAAUUUUCUUUAUAGUUUGUGUAUGACCUAUUGUCAUCUUUAUGAAAAAGAUAAAAGUCAUUAAUUACAUAUUAUACAAAAUGUAUCUAAAAUUGUGAUUACCGUUGGAAUUGCACUGAAUGUAACAUUGUUCAUCAGGAUAAAAACUGUACGGUGGUGAAGAAGUGUGUGAGAACUCUUCUAGUGAUUUCCAGUGUCCUCCCUGCUUGUAAUUGCUCAAACUCUCUACUGUAAUACAUAUCAAUAGUGUUCAAAAAUUAUAAGGAACAAGACGGCUACUGAAAACUUACAACUCUC